CUGUGAUGCUGUUCCUGUUUCAGCCGCUAGAUGACCAGCAAGAACAGCUUGCCUAGUGAAGUGUCUAGGGUACAAGUCUGGGAGCUAACACCAGCUAGCAAAACAUCACUGCGGAUUUCGAAUUUUUUCUUGUAUCAGAUAGACCUAGAGGUUUACUAGUUAUAUUAAGGCUGGCGCCACUCACCAAACAUGCAGAAAUAUGAAAAGCUUGAGAAAAUCGGAGAGGGGACGUACGGGACCGUCUUCAAGGCGAAGAACCGCGAAACGCACGAAAUCGUGGCUCUGAAGAGGGUCCGAUUGGAUGACGAUGACGAGGGGGUGCCAAGUUCCGCCUUGAGAGAAAUCUGUCUCCUGAAGGAACUUAAACAUAAAAACAUUGUCAGGCUACAUGAUGUGCUGCACAGUGACAAAAAGUUAACCUUGGUCUUUGAGUAUUGCGAUCAGGAUCUGAAGAAAUAUUUUGACAGUUGCAACGGAGAUUUAGACCCAGAAACCGUGAAGUCGUUUAUGUUCCAGCUCCUGAAGGGCCUGGCCUUCUGUCACAGUCGGAACGUUCUCCACAGAGAUCUGAAGCCACAGAAUCUCCUUAUUAACAGAAAUGGAGAGUUGAAGUUGGCUGACUUUGGUUUGGCUCGAGCCUUUGGGAUUCCUGUGAGGUGUUACUCGGCUGAGGUGGUGACUCUGUGGUACCGGCCUCCCGAUGUGCUUUUUGGUGCUAAACUCUAUUCUACCUCAAUCGAUAUGUGGUCAGCAGGGUGUAUAUUUGCAGAGCUGGCCAACGCGGGCAGGCCGUUGUUCCCCGGGAAUGACGUUGACGACCAAUUGAAGCGCAUCUUCAGAUUGUUGGGUACGCCAACUGAGGAGCAGUGGCAAGCCAUGACAAAACUACCAGAUUACAAGCCGUAUCCAAUGUACCCCGCCACCACCUCACUGGUUAACGUGGUUCCCAAACUCAGUAGCACAGGACGAGAUCUGCUGCAGAACCUGCUGAAGUGUAACCCGGUCCAGAGGAUCUCUGCGGAAGAGGCUCUGCAGCACCCAUACUUUGCUGAUUUCUGCCCACCGUAGACCACACCGUAGCAGGUGAAACUCCUUCAACACCACCAUCACCACCACCUCCACCACCACCUCCACCACCACAAUCAAGCCUCCUGACCAACACGUUUUCACUCAGACCCUUCCACCCUGUAUCUAUUCUUUCUUUUCGGAAAUGCACUAGCUUUUAUAUCAUCUUGUUGUGCCUCCUUGUUAAUCAUUAUUAUUUUAUUCUGGUUUGCAAGUCUGUCCGUGCGAGGUAUUCUGGGGAGACCCCAGACUUCGUCGUUAUUGACCGCACUUUUGGGAAACAUAACAGCUUUUUGAUUAAAUUAUUCGAGGGCUAUCAAGAACAAACAUGGGUCUUUCAGUUUUAAUAUCUGCUAAAAUGGAAUACAUACCCAGCAUAAAAUUUCAUGAGUUGACUGUGAAGUUAGUAGUGAUGAUUCUCUGAUGCCGUUUCAAAAAUGUGAUGUCAUAAAUGGAAAACCUAAAUGCAUAUAAUACAUUAGUGUGGUGUCACUUUAAGUGAGGUAUUUAUGCUUAACUUAAAGGCAUGAACACCUUUUUCAUUAAUUGCAUCCAUUUUAGACUGAGUAAUAGACAAAAAGACUUUGAUAUCAAUAUUUUAAGCAUAAACCCAUCACUUUUCCAUUACUUUUAAAGAGCAGAUUGUACAAUGGUCUGGGACAACGCUAUAUUAGUUGCACGUUUUUGCCAGCUUUUUGUGUGCCUGAUUUGUCAACUACCAGUCACACGGGUCACUUCUUGUCACCAUUUCUCAGUCUAUUAAAAUGCAACAGCCAUGUUAACAAAAGUGGACCAAUUUAAAUUGUAGACUUGAUGAACAGAGGACCAUUAGUGAAUCAUUGCUAUCUUUUAUAAUCUGUUCAUUUUCUUUUGUAGUUAAAAUAUGAAAAAAAUGAAUUGUUCGCUAUUGUACAUCACAAAUGAGAUCCGAAAGAAUUUAUAUUUCAUCACGCCCUCUGUCCCCUGUGGUUUCUUUGUUUCAAACGGCUUCCUUUUCCAUUGCAGAAUCACCCCCAGAUUGUUUCCCUCACCAUGGGUUGUCUUUGAAGUAGAUAGAAAAGUUAAUAUUUUAUUUUUGUUCUACUGAUGUAAGCAAAAUAAUUGAAUGCAUGUAUUUAUUAAUAAUUGAAUGUCUGCUUAAUUAAGCCUAGGUCUUUUCUUUUUUUUAAAUACAGCACAACCAUUUGUUUUGGUACAGGAGAUUUUCUUUCAAUAAUAUGACACUGCUUUUAUACAGCAAGGUUGUGUAUAUGUGUGUGUGUGUGUGUGUGUGUGCGUG